AUGUCUUUGACCAAUCCAUGCCCUGGAUGUGGAAUACGCGUGUCCAAGAGCAACAUGUGCACAAGAAGCGUCCAGCAGUGUCCACAUUGUUACGGCUGGUGGGAUUGGGAUGAGGUUGAAGUGUUACAAAGGCCGACGAUUCUCGGGACGGACUUCUGGACCUCAACCGAAAGUCCCAUCAUCCCGAUGGGAAGCCUCUCAGAGAUGCCGGAAUUAAGAGCGCUGCUUCUUCCCCAGGAUUGGUAUCAGGACAUGGCCGACUUCGACAGGGAUUUGAGUGAGGCACCGACUGACGGUAAUCCCUGGGCCCCAGACCAUCCAGAGUUUGAUCCGGCAGACUAUAUUAGGUUCGAUGGGCAAAUACUGUGUGUGUUUAGAUGGGGAAGGGAUAGAUGGGAUGAACAAUCCGAUCCCCCUCCGGUGGUAAAGGUGAAGCAGAAGGAAUUUCACCAUGAGGAUCACGAGAAUAAAAAGUCAGUUACUGGGCUGGAUGGCGGUGUGGAUGAACAAUAG